GUCAUGUCCAUAUAUAGAAGAUCAGACCACCUUUCAGUUCAGGGUUCGUGCGGCAAUUGUAAGAGAAAAUGAAGAGUCUCCAGUUGGUUGUGGUGACAGUAGUUGCCUUCUCUCUCAUGCAGACUGGUGUUUCCCAAUGUGAUGUUUUGAGGGUAGUUGCUGCAGUGUACGAGACACUGAGUCCUCUCUGAAAUGACUGAAAUGAAACAAGAUUUGGCUGCUGAAAUGAGGGAAGGCCUGGCUGCUCUUAGAGAAAACCUAACCAACAUCCAGCAACAAGUCAAUUCUCUAACUGAGACUGUGAGCAACAUGGAACAAAACAGCAACUCCAAGUUAGACUCUCUGGACUCCAAACUAGAUGGUCUCAGUAUGACAGUGACGACGGUGCACUCUGAACUGGAGCGAAAUGUACUGACCAAUGUUACAAAGGAACUGAAGAAGACUGCUGACUAUAUACUUGAACUUGCACACACAUAUGAAUGUGGAGGUACAGGAGGUUGGAGACGUGUGGUCUACCUGAACAUGACAGACACCAACACCAACUGUCCCUCUGGCUGGAAUCUCACUAGUCACUCCAAGAGAACAUGUGGUAAUGUUAACACCAGUGACCUCUCAUGUGACUCAGUCUUGUUCUCUGUCAGUGGAGGAGACUACACUAGUGUGUGUGGCUCUAUCAGAGCCUACCAGUUUGAUCAAACUGAUGCAUUUGAGGCCUACCAUCGUGGAGCGAUAACCACGAUAGAAGGAGCCUAUGUUUCUGGUGUCAGUCUCACACAUGGCAGUCCACGACAACACAUCUGGACAUUUGCUGCUGGUUUGUCUGAGGCCACACCCUCUCGGAAUGAUGCCUGUCCUUGUGAUGCUAGCAUCAAUAUUACCAUCCCACCAUUUGUGGGUGGAGACUACUUCUGUGAAUCAGGAGUCAACUCUGGGUAUACUUAUUCUCAAACCUUCUAUGGAGAUGAUCCUCUCUGGGAUGGUGAAGGCUGUGGUAGCAGCAGUAGCUGUUGCUCAUUCAACAAUCCUCCAUACUUCACUAAG